CGGUGUGCUCCGUCGAAAUCAGCCUCUUGAAACACCAACACUACGGCGUGCUGCCAUUGGCUGGUGUAAGCGCCGCGCUACCUGGUCUGGGGAUAGCCUAGGCUGCUCAGCCUCCGGGGGCUUCUGCCUGGGUUCACUGGCCAUUUCCCAUAACUCGCCCCCACGGAUCCUCAGUUAAGAACAUUGCUUGUGCCUCUUGUUUCUUCCUUUUCAUCCAACUCCUGUCUUUCCUUUGCGUUUUCUCAUCAGAUUCCAUCUCAUCCUUGUUCGGGGGUGAACCAGCUGCUAAGUUCUUCAUCAUGGCGAUCUCACAUCUGGUGCGCCGGGCUGAUGAGGCCUUCGUCCAGAGCGGCGUCAUCGAGCCAUCGUUGCCAGACUCCCCCUGGGGCAUUGUGCUCUUUAUCCUUUCGGUUGUAGUAUUUGCUUUCGCUAUCUUCGUUAUCAAUUACACCUAUGGGACACUAGUUCCAACUCUCGCUAUCGUCGAGGACUCUGACUCGGAUUUGCUUCUCCGCGUCAAUGACGACCCUGCCAACAAGCAGCCUGGAGACCCAGCCGUCCAAGACAUGGGCGUCGAAGCACCCGCCGCUAAGCCCAUCACCAGCAAGCUGCGCACAACUGUCCGCCAUCUUCGCGCUCGCGGUGGCCGUCUCGCUAUUUUCCGUGGGUUCAGCAUGGCUAUGCUUGGCGGCUUCGUUGAAAUAGUCGCUUCCAGCCGGGUGCAGAAUUCGAUCGCUUGGCUACUUGUUGUUAAGCUUAUCACCGCUGUUGUGGUAGCCAAUAUCCAAGUCGCAUGGGUGCACAUCGUGAUAUCUGAGCCCUCUUCCAAGCGCUUUUACAGACGCAUUCCAAGCUUCCGCUCUCUGCCCAAAGUCUUCCCUGCGUUCGCUUUGAUGUACGUUGGCAGUUCUGUUGUUGCUGCUACUAUUAUCUUCGUCGGCCACCUAAUCGCCGGAACCCCGAAUGACACAUCCGUUGACUUCACCAAGGGUGUUCGCCAGUCAGACUUUAUAAUAUACGCUGUCGCUUCCUUAGUUGGUUUCCUCGUCUCGGUUCCUGCUGAGGUUAUUUUCACUCGUGUGGCAGCCUCUACCCUGCCCGAAGACGAUGAGUCUAUCGUUCCGUUUGACCGCAGCUUCGGCGGAAAGGUCGCUCCGGCUAUCACUGGUGGUGGCGUACUGAGCAUCGCUGACGCAUGGAACACCUUUGACCGUGAUGGCUGGAGGCGUUACAUCAAGGCCACUGUGAAGGCCUGGCUUAUGCAAGCCGCCGCUAUCCUCCUGUUCUCGGUCUUGAUCGUUGCCCAGUCUGUUGUUCACAUUCGAAAGGAGGGCAGCGACAAGUCCUAGACUACGAACGAGUCUGUCCCCGAAUUUGAGCCAUUGGCACGACAGUGUUGGAUGUCAGUUUUGAGGUUGACUGCAAGCACCAUACCUUUACCCAGUGUACAUCUGUCAAGUAUCUGCAUGCUUUAAUUAUCUUAUAUAACAAGAAUGAGAAUCUCAGUUGAACG